AUGCCCUUGACUAAUGUUUGGACACUAGCUUGUCUUUCGUUGACAUUCGCUUCCUUUUCCCAAGCGGAAAUCAAAGCUUUAAGAGGAAACCCGUCAUCAAGCGUCACGAACACGGCAGGUGGCUUUGUUCCAGGAUCGGCCGGAAGUUGGCUCAGUCCUCCAUAUGAGUGGUUCUUCGAAUAUCCGAUGCCAGUUGCGCCUAUUAAAAGCUCCAAGUUGACUUACACAAACUCUUCGACACAGGACACCAUUGAUUACUACGAGGUGGAAUUGAAAUCUUUCCAGAAACAAAUUUAUCCAAACCUCAAGCCAACCGAGUUAGUGGGGUACGAUGGGAUAUCACCUGGACCAAUGUUCAUUAUGCAAAAAGGGCGCGAGGCUGUGGUUCGUUUCAGCAAUAAAGGACCGACAAAUUUGUCUGUGCACGUUCACGGUCAAUAUAAUCGGGCACCCUGGGACGGUUGGGCGGGUGAUAUAGCUCUGCCUGGUCAGUACAAGGACUACUAUUAUCCAAACAGUCAAAAUGCGAGGACGAUCUGGUAUCACGAUCACUCGGAAUAUGCCACUGCCGAGGACACGUAUCGGGGACAGCAAGGUUUCUACAUCAUCACCGAUGUGGAGGAGCAGGGCUUGGGGCUACCCUCUGGAGAGUAUGAUGUCACGAUUGCAAUUGAUGCUAAAGUUUACAACCCGGAUGGCUCAUUGAGAUUUGAUACGAAUGAUAAUGUUGGGCUUUGGGGUGACAUUAUUCAUGCGAAUGGCCAGCCGUGGCCAUAUCUUAGUGUCGAACCUCGAAAGUACCGACUUAGGUUACUAAAUGGAGCUAUCAGUCGCACCUUCAGUAUUUCCCUCUCAGUCGAAAAAACUGACGGCUUUGGUGACAAAAUCAUUGAUUUCAAUGUCAUUGCUUCUGAUGGUGGACUGUUCGCCCACCCGGUCGAGACAACUAAUCUCCAAAUAUCUAUGGGCGAACGCUACGAAAUCAUUGUCGACUUCUCCAAUUAUGGGGGCAAGAACAUCACCAUGAAGAACGCUCGGGGUAUGGGAGAAAACAUCGACUAUGUAGCCACCGACAUGGUUAUGCGAUUCACCGUCGGCAACUCCGUCAGUAACAACAGUAACAACAAUCUUCCCUCAAAUCUAGUACAUGUGCCAUUUCCACCGGACAAGACCGAAGCGGACAAAGACUUCACUUUUGAGCGUAUUGGCGAUGAGUGGCUUAUCAACGGUGUGGGGUUUUCGGACGUCGAACACCGUAUUCUGACCAAGCCACCAAGAGGAGCGGUCGAGGUUUGGACACUGCAUAAUAGUGGCCAGGGGACACACCCUGUCCACAUCCAUCUCGUCGACUUCCAAGUUUUGUCUCGUACCGGUGGGCGUAAUACAGUUUACCCGUAUGAAGCCGCUGGUUUAAAGGAUGUUGUGUGGCUAGCGGCUGGCGAAACAGUCCGGGUUGCAGCUCGUUACGCACCUUGGGACGGCGUCUACAUGUUCCACUGCCACAACCUGGUUCACGAGGAUCAUGACAUGCUCGUCGCCUUCAACGUAACCCAACUAGGUAAAUGGGGUUACGGUGAAUCAACACACCUAAUCGAUCCUAUGGAACCUGAAUACCGUCCCAAGAACAUCGACCCUGCUGACUACGCCUCAGACGCUAUUGUGAAGAAGCUAUCGUGGUUCUACAGUUCCGAUGCCUAUCAUCAUGGGAAAGAAACUGAAGUUUUACUCCGCACUCGAUGCUUAUUGGGCGGGUGA